CGGCAUCGCACACAAAAUUUGUUCGGGGAAAAUUAGGAGGGCGAAGCCAACCCGCAAACCAACUUGCAAUCAACUUCGCGAUCAGCACCAUUCACCUACUUUACUCUCCUCUCCCCCCUCGCUUCUUCCGUCGUGUUCUCCCACCCUCGUCCGCCGGCAACCCCAUAAAGAGGUGCAGAAUCCGAGUUAUUGCCCUUCGUCAUGGCUGAGCAGCUUAUUCUCAAGGGCACCCUCGAGGGUCACAAUGGCUGGGUCACCAGCUUGGCCACCUCGAUGGAAAACCCCAACAUGCUCCUGUCUGGCAGCCGUGACAAGACUCUGAUCAUCUGGAACCUCACCCGCGACGAGUCGCAGUACGGUUACCCGAAGCGAUCUCUCCACGGCCACUCCCACAUCGUGUCCGACUGCGUCAUCUCCUCCGACGGCGCCUACGCCCUAUCCGCCUCUUGGGAUAAGACUCUGCGAUUGUGGGAGCUCGCGACAGGCACGACGACCCGACGCUUCGUCGGCCACACUGGCGACGUCCUCUCUGUCUCAUUCUCAGCCGACAACCGACAGAUCGUCUCCGGCUCGCGCGACCGGACCAUCAAGCUGUGGAACACCCUCGGCGACUGCAAGUUCACCAUCACCGACAAGGGCCACACCGAAUGGGUCUCGUGCGUCCGCUUCAGCCCCAACCCUCAGAACCCCGUCAUCGUCUCCAGCAGCUGGGACAAGCUCGUCAAGGUAUGGGAACUGUCGACCUGCAAGCUCCAGACUGACCACAUCGGUCACACCGGCUACAUCAACACUGUAACCAUCUCGCCCGACGGUUCGCUGUGCGCCUCCGGAGGCAAGGAUGGCACCACCAUGCUCUGGGACUUGAACGAGUCCAAGCAUCUGUACUCCCUCAGCGCCGGCGACGAGAUCCACGCCCUCGUCUUCUCCCCCAACCGAUACUGGCUCUGCGCCGCCACCGCGAGCAGCAUCAUCAUCUUCGACCUCGAGAAGAAGAGCAAGGUCGACGAGCUGAAGCCCGAGUUCACGUCCGUCGGCAAGAAGAGCCGGGAGCCCGAGUGCGUGAGCCUGGCCUGGAGCGCAGACGGCCAGACGCUGUUCGCCGGCUACACCGACAACAUUAUCCGGGCGUGGGGUGUCAUGUCGAGGGCUUAAAAAAAUCCUUUCUCCGUUGGGGUCGAUUGGUCAUUGACUAGGCGUAUGGGUGGGCUGUCAUUUGGUCUUUUUUAAGGGAAAUGGCAAUCAUUGCGACGACAUUGGCAACGAUGGGGAAGCGGAAGAGCAAAGGAAGCAAAAAAACACAACGACGAACCCAAAAGAGGACGGGGUGAAGGAAAUGUCAUUAGAUAUACACGUUGCGUUGAUGGGCCUGCUUUCCUUACUACCACGAGGGUAGGCUGGCUCUGUCACCCCCUCCCCCCACGAGGUCCAAAGAUACCGAGGAAUCGUAAAGAACAAUAAUCCAA